AUGCAGCACCAAGUGCAUGUCAGCACAACGUUGAUUCCGAAUGUGUGGAUAUGCACAACGCAAUCCAUUGAGCCUGAAGCUUUUGAUGCGUCGAUGGACCGAUGUCGUGAUGACUGGCACGGUCGGUCUCAUCGCGAGGUGGCCCUCGUUCGUGGAUCUGAAGGUUCCUGGACGCCGGCAGUGGAGCUGACGUUUCUCAGACGAUACAGGCUGCGCAAUGGCGCUCUCGCAGAUCAUUCGUCGUUCCUGUUCAGCAGCGAUAAAACGAUUUUCCACUCCAAGAUUAGCGGGAACACGGAGUACAAGUCCAUUUCACCGCUGGGCCUACCCAACGUGUCUUUGGGUAUGCUCUUCAAGAUGGUUGUGGUAUCAAUGGCCUUGGCAGUCAUGCUGUACGGCACCAUAAAGGCACUGACCGCUGCCGUCAAGAAGCUUAUGAAGAUCAUUGGAAAGAUGACCAGCUAUGCAAGCAGCAUCACGAUGCCCAGUGGAGACGCCUUCAUGGACAUACCUGGAUUUCCAAAGAUUCCACAGCUGAAGAUCCCGGACAUCCCAGGGCUAAGUCCACCAAAGCUUAGCAUAGGCUCGGCUGCCAAAAUGCUGGGAGCGGGAGCGGUGGCGCUGACGGCACCGCUGGCAAUUCUUGCUGCCAUUGCGUUGCUCAACAGGUACCGUAUCUUCAAGGCGAGGCUGUGGCCACCACUCUCAGGCCUUCCGGGUCUUCGAAAUGGCCUGUACCGUCUGCCUUACCGUGGUUUCAAGGGUGUGUUUUCGCACUUGCCCUACUUCGACCAGCUAUACAAUGCAGGAGGUCGCAGGCUGCCCAUUCUAGGCUUGCCCAAAGAGGCGCUGAAUCCAGGCAAACAGCCCAUGGCGGCUCGCAUCAACAAGCCCAGAAUCGAGGGUGCUGCAGCUGUCGACUACGACACGGUCAUGAAAGAGUACGACUUCGCCCAUGGUGUCAACCUUGGAAAGAGCGUGCUGGUGCCCUCCAUCAUCUUGAACCUUUCUAUGCAGUUCAAGCGGUUUAAGGAGAAGAUACCAUUUAUGGGGCCUCCGACCGUGAAAGAAAUGUUUGGGACGGAGAGCCUCAUGAAGAAGCUGACGCGAGCUCUGGUGAAAGGAGCUAUGGCUUAUGGAGCCUACAAGGCAACGGGCUUCGUUGCCGAGGGAACUUGCCGGUGGCCUUCAGCAUCACCGGCUGGACCGCUUGCCUCGAGCUUCACACUGCCGGAACAUGGGCGUCUGCUCGAGCAGUUCUCGACAGGCUUAGACGGACAUGAGGAAAGUUACCUGGGUGAGAGUGCGAGGCCCGCGAAGACCUCCCCAGUCAUCCAGGCUGGAAUGCUGGAAGAGGCGGCGGGCCUCGUGCUGACCUUACAGCAGACGGAUGCAGACAGCGCACAUGGCCGUGUCUGCCCUCCCAAGCUUCUCCGCUGUGACUCGUUGUGUCUUUGA